AUGAGUUAUUUUAGCCUAUGGAGGCGAUAUACGAAGGCCAAAGAUAUGCUGACUGUUGUAACUUCUAAAUCUCCAAUUAAGGAAUUUGGCACACUGGCUAAUAAUGCAUCUUACAAUAAAGAGUUAUUACAGAAACUUACUUGUGCUUUCACGAAAGAAAGACUUGAUAAAAUGACAAAUGCUGUAAAAAAUAGAACAAGAAGUAUUGCUGUUGUCUUGGAAGGGAUUACAAAUGAAGGUAACGAACAAGCUAUAUACAGAACAAUGGAUGCUUUAGGUUUUCAAACUGCACAUAGAAUACCCAGCCCUUUAUACCGAUUGAAGACAUGCGGAAGGACUGAUGCAGGAGCAAUGAAAUGGAUUGAUAUUGAGUCUUGGAAAUCAACUGAAGAAUGUAUCUCUCAACUGAAGUCAUGUGGCUACAAAAUUCUUGCAACAAGCUCUGAAAAUAAAACGAAAACUUUGGAUUCUUUCGACUUUUCUAAUAAAACAGCCGUUGUACUUGGCUCAGAGCAGGAAGGUAUCUCUAAAGAAGCAAUGAAUUUAGUCGACAACGUCUUUCGCAUCAGUAUGGUUGGUUUCGUAGAGAGUUAUAAUGUUUCCGUUGCUGCAGCAAUUAUAUUGUAUCAUAUAUAUCAAGACAGAAUCAGAAAGCUAGGUUACCAUGGAGAUCUCACUGAAGCAGAGCAAGAUGACCUACUUUUACAGUAUAUGUUAAAGGAAUAUGGUAUUAAGCUGUAG